AGUGGUGUAGGAGAAGGCAACGACGAAAGAAGCAAGGAGCUUCAUAAAACCCUAGAGAGAUCUUUGUUUCUCCAAUUUCAAAAGACGAGACGUGAAGAAGACGAUCGAAGAUGAACAUUUUCAGAUUAGCUGGUGAUAUGACUCACCUAGCCAGUGUUCUGGUCUUGCUUCUCAAGAUCCACACCAUCAAAUCCUGCGCUGGUGUUUCAUUGAAGACUCAAGAACUCUAUGCCAUUGUCUUUGCGACGCGUUAUUUGGAUAUUUUCACGAGUUUCGUGUCACUCUAUAACACCUCUAUGAAGUUGGUGUUCUUAGGAAGUUCCUUUUCGAUUGUUUGGUACAUGAGGUAUCAUAAGGCCGUCCACAGGACUUACGAUAGGGAGCAAGAUACGUUUCGUCAUUGGUUCCUUGUGCUUCCUUGCUUACUCUUAGCUCUUCUGAUUCAUGAAAAGUUUACCUUUCUCGAGGUACUAUGGACGUUUUCAUUGUACUUGGAGGCUGUUGCCAUAUUACCUCAGCUUGUCUUGCUACAAAGGACUAGAAAUAUUGACAACUUGACCGGGCAGUACAUAUUUCUCCUUGGGGGGUACCGUGGAUUAUACAUACUCAACUGGAUCUACCGUUACUUCACUGAGCCGCACUUUGUUCACUGGAUAAGUAUGUUCCUUUCUCUCUCAACCUUCCUCGGCAUUUACACGCAGCACAUCAUGGAUCGCCGGGUUUGUUCAAACACUGCUCUAUGCCGACUUCUUUUAUUAUUACUUCCUAAGCUGGAAGAACAACAAAAAGCUCCAGUUACCAGCUUAAUUUCUAAAUUUUCAAUGCUCGGAAACCCUACGGAUUCCAUUUGGUUCCCGACACAAUAUCCACCCGGAUGUUACCAAUUUUACUCUGAUGGUGUAACGUUAUGGAUCAUAAGGGUUGAUGCUAGGGUUUUCGGAGGACGAGGAAUCGAAAAAUUUGUCACUUUCGGUCAGAAUUAUGUUGUUAAGUGGGGACAAAGUCAUUUUUCUACACUCCACUCUGGCGAAGAAGUUGAUCUCUACAUCGAUCAAUCUUCAGGUGGUGGCUUCGAAUCCAAGGACAGCUACGGAUCAGGUCUCUUUGAAAUGAGAAUCAAAGUGCCUGGAGGAAAUACUGGCGGCAUCGUCACAGCGUUUUAUUUGACGUCGAAAGGAGGUGGUCACGACGAGAUUGACUUCGAGUUUCUAGGGAACAACAAUGGAAAACCGGUAACGUUACAGACAAAUUUGUUUCUGAAUGGAGAAGGAAACAGAGAAGAGAGGUUUUUGCUUUGGUUCAAUCCAACCAAACACUACCACACUUAUGGGCUUCUUUGGAACCCUUAUCAAAUUGUGUUUUACGUGGAUAACAUCCCAAUAAGAGUAUACAAAAACGAAAACGGCGUAAGCUAUCCAUCAAGGCCUAUGCAAGUCGAGGCUAGUCUCUGGAACGGUGACGAUUGGGCGACUGAUGGAGGUCGGACCAAGGUUAACUGGUCCUACUCUCCUUUCAUUGCCCAUUUCCGAGACUUCGCCUUAUCCGGCUGCAACAUAGAUGGUCGGAGUAAUAAUGUUGGCGCUUGUGAAUCCUCCAACUACUGGUGGAAUGUAGGCAAGUAUCAAAGAUUAAGCGGAAACGAACAGAAACUUUAUGAGCAUGUGAGGAGCAAGUACAUGAACUAUGACUAUUGUACUGACCGCUCUAAGUACCAAACUCCUCCUAGAGAAUGUUAUUGAAAUAACAUAACGUUUAUUAAUGAUCAUAUAUGUACAGGGGAUCUUUAAAUCUCCUUUUCAUAAAAAACAAGAAUUGCUUACGAGUUAAGAUGGAGAGAGGUAAGUUAUAUAAGUUGUUCAUAUCACAGAUGAGAAUAAAAGUAUGUAUGCUCA